GUAGAGAAAGUCACCUCUUCGUUGUGACGGUCAGACAGAAGCUACCGCAGCUAGCAGAGCUAACAUGGUCAUAGUGAAGCCGGAGGAAGGUCGACAGUAGGACAGCAGCAUCCUUCUCCUAUCGCAUCAACUUCCUGUCCUUUAGCUGUUCGACAGGAGCCGGCAGACGAUUUGAAACAUACAAAUAUCCGACUAUUAACAACAGCUUCCUUAGUUAGCUUACCAUUUAGCAAGCUAGCUGUAAGUUUCCCUGCAGGUUACAGUCAUGGCUGCGCUCAGAGUUUCCUAUCACAGGAUUUUGGACAAGAUCGAGCACAUGCUGCCCGCCAAGCUGAGACCUCUGUACAACCACCCUGCAGGUCCCAAAACCGUCUUCUUCUGGGCCCCCGUGUUUAAAUGGGGUCUGGUUGGUGCUGGUUUGGCUGACAUGACUCGACCAGCAGAUAAACUCAGUACCUCCCAGUCUGCAGUGCUGACAGCCACAGGCCUGAUCUGGUCCAGAUACUCACUGGUCAUCAUCCCAAAGAACUGGAACCUGUUCUGUGUCAACUUCUUUGUGGGCAGCGCGGGAGCUUCACAGCUCUACAGGAUCUGGAGGCACAAACAGGAUCAGAAGGCGCUGGCUAAAGAGGCCAAAGAGCCCGCAGAGUCCUGAGAGCGCUCUGUGACAACACUCCGGUCCCUGCAGAGGACUGAAAAGGGAGACUUCACAUCCGGGCACGACGCUGCCCCUUCUCGUCAUCUCCACGUCACACCAUGCUGUCUCCAUAACAUCCAUGCCAUAAUCAUUAUUCUACCACAUUAAGCCUGCUGUCCCUGUUGGAAAUGUGCACUUUUCCUUAAGUUUCUAAUUUCCUCAGGGCGUUUCCAAAAAAAAAAAAAAAAAAAAAGAAGGAGAGGACUUUUUUUUUUUUUUUAACUGUAGUCAACACACAAACAAGAAUGGAGGUCAUCAACGCACAAGUACACCUUGUUCAACAAGCUGUAAGAUUGUACAUUCUUUAAUUUAAGUUCAUGCUUUAUAACUUCUUUUGCUUUUCCAUCAUCAUUUUUUUCAGGUAGCAAUCAAUACCUCAUGAACAUCAUCAAGUCCCAAAAACAUCAAGACAUCUAACUCCUGGAUUUGUGUUGAAACGUAGUUUAAGGAAUGUUUUUCCAAAAGAGACACAGCCGGGAUGUCAUCACAACGAUAUUUGAAUUUCUUAUUUAGAAUUCGGCAUCAGUCACCCGCCAUGUGUACCUCAUCGAUAAUCAAAUCAUUAUUGAUUACCAUGUCAUGAUUCCUUCCUUCGUUCCUCAUGGCUUUAAUUCUUUUUAAUGUGUGUGUGAGUGGAAUUCAUAAUUUAUGACUCAUGAUUAAAAAAAAAAAAAAUCUCAUGUAGUGAAAACUGUAUGAAUAUAUUCCUUUUUCUGCUUCUUAUCAGGUACUCUAACUCAGAUAUCACUUCUAAACGUGUGCAGUAUUUGAUUGUUACGCUCGCAGUGACAUGCUCAUCAUCAACAGUUCACCUCUUGUCUGUUUCUAGAAAGAUGUUUUAUAUUCCCUCUGCAUUAGAACUGCUCCCACUAACUUCCACAUCAGAACCCCUCCUGACUGUUUUAGCAAUAAUUAGUGUCAUCACUUCUCAUGAUCUGCUGACUGAACAAAUGACACUGAAGGUUGGUCAUUAUGGCUCUGUAAUGGAUAUGUUAUACUAAUAAAUGAUUUCUGACACCAACA